UCUGCAUGUUCACCACAGAUAUACUAAGAGAUUGUAUAAACGCAGUGCAGUCAUUGACCAGACAGGCUUUGUGUAAACUGAGCUUCGUUCAACCCAUACUGCAGACAUGGUCAGACUUGUUGCACCCAGCCUCAGUCAGCUUACAACAUCAUUCCUCCACUCAAGGCACUCUUCCUGCAUCCCCGACAGCACCCCCAUCCUCUGUAGCAACUGCUCCCUCCUCUGUUCCAUCUUCCAGCUCUUCUCUGUCCUCAGCUGCUCCAUUCAACCUGCCUUCCGUGGUUCAGCCUGGUGCCUCGGCACCCGCACUUCAGCCUGAUGUCUGUACCCAGCCUGAUGAACUGAUCCAGCCUGAUGAUCCUAUCAUGCCUGAUGACCCAGUGCCCGCUGUCGAGCCAGACGAUCCGGUACCUGAUGACCCGGUGCCCACUGUCAUGCCUGGUGACCCGAUGCCUGCUGUCGAGCCAGACAAUCCAAUGCCUGAUGACCCAGUGCCCGCGGUCAUACCUGGUGACCCGAUGCCUGCUGUCGAGCCAGAUGAUCCAAUGCCUGAUGACCCAGUGCCCGCUGUCAUGCCUGGUGACCCAAUGCCCGCUGUCGAGCCAGACGAUCCAGCGCCAGAAGACCCAGUACCCGCGGUCAUGCCUGGUGACCCAAUGCCCGCUGUCGAGCCAGACGAUCCAGCGCCAGAUGACCCGGUGCCUGCUGUCGAGCCAGACGAUCCG